AUUGCGCUCAUGCUUUUCUUCUUCCUGAAAAUAAAAUUUGAAAAUAAAAUCAAUUGCUAUGAAAGAGUCAUCUUUCAUUGCACGAAUCAAUACUAUUCUAACCUUAUUCAAUGUUCUUUUCAAAUGUAAAAAUUAUUGAUGGUCUUUGAUUCGUUGAAAAGCAGUACUUGGGGAAACAUGAUAUAAUAUAAACAAUUAAAGAACUUUGUGAAAUUAUUCGGAUCAUUUUAUAUAUUGAAACAGCUUCAGUGUAUAUUCGUUUAAUUGAUCAAUACGAUGGAUGAUGUGUAUAAACUUUAUAAUAAAAAUGCUUCAGCAAAAGUGUCCAUUAAAGAAUAUUUUGACAACUAUCGAAGUUUAAUAGACGACUGUUUUAUACCUAUGAAAAAAGAUGAAAAUAAUUUGAUGUCAAUAAUGGGUGUAGAACUCGGUGCAGAAGAAAUAUCUAUGUUGACCGAAUAUUGCAGUGUUGAUAAUUUAACAGUAGAGGGAGAAGUUCCAAAACUAAUCAAUAAUAGAAGAACAAGGCAAAAAGAAGUAUUCGAUGCUCAAGAACCGCCAGAUGUAGAUUUAAAAACCAUUCAAAAUUUAAAGCAACGAUUGAAACCAGACUCCAAACGCCUUGUUUACAAAUAUCUAAGUGAAUUAUUUAUAAAUUAUAAGCAAAAAGAAAGAACAAACGAAAUACUUGCUGUUCCCGGUCAUGAUAUUCUUAUAUUUGUUAGAAUUUAUCAUCCUUUUAUACACCGUGGGAAAACUGCACCUAAAAGUGAAUGUUGUACAUUAUUACGAUUGCAUAAUAUUAUAGCAGUACUUGGCUCUCAAACACUUGCUCAUUUAAGGGAUAAAAUAUUAUGUGUUGCUGAUUACAGUAUUUCUAAAGAAUGUAGUAAUAAUCUGGACAAUGCAAUAGGACCUAUGGCAAAGGAUGUUUAUAAAUCUGGCUUUUUCUUUAUCGAAGAUACUUUCUAUAAUGAUAUGAGAUGUUCGACAAAUGUUGACUACAGUAAAGUAAUUAUUGAUUGGGCACAAAGAAGACCAAAAUUAGGUCCUUUCAAAACUGCCAUAAUGGAAGAUUGUAGACUGGAUUCAUUAUGUUUGAGAUUUGGAUUUCCAUGGGUGUACAAACACCAAGGUGGUUGUGAACACUUAAUUGUGUUCAGCGACGCUAGGUUUAUUAAUUGUGACGAUGAAUUAGUAAUAUCUGUCUAUCCAAGAAUAGUUAGAUUACGACCUAUGUCUUCCAAACUUUGUAUGGUUUGUGGUGUGUAUGUUGUUCAAUGGAUUACAAUGGAUCAUGAAAGAAUACCACAUAAUCCUUGUUAUUUCUGUGAUGAUUGUUUUAAAUCCUAUAACUAUAUUGAUAAUAAAAAGGUCGGCAAAUUUAAAGCGUAUGCGUAUCCACGAAAUAUUGAAGCUGUGAAAGGAAAGAUAGAUAUAUGAAUGUACCGAACUCCAUCCUUUUUUGUAUCAAAAAAUAAAUUAUUUUAUUGAA